AUGCUGGAACUAGAGAAUUGGUUUAUGACACUAAAGAAGGGUAGCAUGUACAUUGAUGAGUAUACUAAUGCCUUCACAAACAAAAUGGAGUUUUCUUUACACAUUGUCCCUAACGAGCUAACGAAAAUAGAUAAGUAUACGAAAGGACUACCGUGGGAGUAUGUUGUGCCAAUAUUCCAGGCAACUACUUUCGAGGUGGCCAUCAGGGUUGCUAAGUCUGUUGAAGAGAUGAUCAAGAGUAGAGCCGCAAACAAGGUCGAAGUUGGCAAAAAGAGGAAGCUUGAAGGAUCUUCAAGGUCCAACAAGAAGAGAAAAUUCAUGAAUUCUGGUUCCAAUAAAUUUGGAGGGGGAGGUGAAUGCACAUCCAACAAGAGGGUGUGUUAUGGGUGUAACGAAGAAGGGCAUACUGCAAAGGAUUGUCCGAAGAAGAAAGAGGCGACAAGGCCUAACAUUCCACCGAGGCCAAAGGCAAGAGCAUUCAAUAUGACCCUGGAAGCAGCAAGGGAUGAAGCAGAUGUCGCUUCAGACCCUGGAGCAAAUUACUCUUUUAUAUCGCACAAAUUUGGUGGAAGACUAGCAUUUCCUGUAGAUAAACUUGAUAAUUCUCUAUUGGUAGAAGUUGCCAAUGGAAAAUUCAUAAGUAUUAGCAAUUGUAUUAAAAACAUCGUCAUCCACUUGAACGGGAAUAAAUUCCAUGAGAAGUUUUUGCCCAUUGAGUUGAACGGUUUCGACAUCGUGCUGGGAAUGGAUUGGCUUAAUGCAAACGAUGCUGAGAUACUAUGCAGGAAGAGGAUGGGUUUGUAA